AUGGUGAGAGGUUCCAUAGAGCAACAUUAUGGUUCUUUGAGAAAUUAUAUUGCGGAAUUGAGAAGGGUUGAUGGUGAGGGGCACUAUGAGCUUAUUCUUGAAGCAGAUACUGUAUUCAAAGCACUAUAUAUGGGUUUGAGUGCCUUGAGAAAAGGAUUCAAGAAGAGUUGCCGGCCUGUCAUAGGCAUAGAUGGAUGUUUUUUGAAAACAUACCUCGGCGGUCAUCUCCUUUGUGCAACAGGCAAGGAUGGAAACAAUGGUAUGUUUCCAAUUGCCUGGGCCGUAGUUGAGGCUAAGAAUGAAGGUUGCUGGACUUGGUUUUUGAAGUGUCUUCUUGAGGAUUUAGAUAUUGGAGAUGGCAGUGGGUGGACCUUCAUUAGUGAUCAACAGAAGGGAUCGGCAAAUGUCGUUGCUGCUUUGGCUCCAAAAGCUGAGCACUGGAACUGCGCCCGACAUGUAUACAUGAAUUGGAAGAAGGAACACAAAGGGCAGACACUGAAGAAUAUGUUCUUCAGGGCUGUGUAUGCAACGCAUGAAGCGGAGUUCAAAGUAGCAGUUCUUGAGUUGAAGCAAGAGAGUGCCGCGGCGCAUGAAGAUUUCAUGUCAAGGGACAUCAACAAAUUCUGUAAGGCAUUCAUAUCCAGUCAACCUAAAAGUGAUAGUGUCGAUAACAACAUAAGUGAAUGUUUCAAUGGGUACAUAUUAAAUGCUAGGGGGAAGCAUGUAAUUCAUAUGUUAGAGGAAAUCCGUUCAUCUUUGAUGGUUAGACAGGUUCAAAAAUUCAAAGCCAUGUCAUCUGUUACCAAUAAACUUACUCCGAAUGUGUCAAAACUAUUGGAGAGAAAUGUGAUGGCUAGUGCAUACUGCAUGGCACUUCCAGCCAUGCAUGAUACUUUCCAAGUCCAUUAUGAAGGUGACACCUUUGUUGUGCAUGUGAAAACAAGCAUAAAUGGGCAAAACACGUGUUCAUGCCGAGAGUGGGAUAUAAGUGGUAUCCCUUGCAAGCAUGCUUGCGCUGCCAUCAGAUACAUGGACCGUCAUCCCGCUGAUUUUGUUUCUAAUUACUUCACUGUGGCUACCUAUCUUUCGGGGUGUGAAUUUGGUAUUAAACCCAUUGUUGGGAACAAGAUGUGGCCUGAAGUCGAGGGUGCCGUUGUUAAACCACCACCAAAAACAAGAAUGCCUGGACGUCCCAAGAAGAAAAGGGUUCGGGCACCUCAAGAGAAGGAUGGAAGGAUGACCAAACAUGGACUAGCAAUCAAGUGUAGCAACUGCAAGCAGACAGGGCAUAACAAAAGGAAAUGUACUGAUGCAGCCAUCGAAAACCCCAACCCUAACAAGCGGAAGAGAGGAAGGCCUUCCAAAGAUGGUGCACGUCCAAAAGGAAGCAAAGAAAAGCAAGGAGACAACCCAAGUGAAGACGAAAAAAAAAGUGGAUCAACUCAAUACAAGGGUAGAGGGGCAGCUCUUAAAGGGAUUGGUGUUUACGUCAACGAGGCCACUGGAAAUACCUUCUACCAUGGUUCGAGCUCAUCAAAGAAAGUGAUGUUGUUUCAAAAGUUCAAGAAACCAAGAAUUUCCAAGAACAAAGAAAGUGGGAAUACCUCGACUGCCCAUAAUAGUGUUGUCACUGGAGUUACAACAACACAAGAAAGUAGGAAUGAAGAAGCCUCAACCCAAGAACUGUGA